AUGACAGAGACAAUUCUUGGACAAUCUUAUGGUUAUGGUUUCGUUGUUGGGCUUGGUGCAGCUUUUGCAAUCAUCAUGUGUGGUAUAACCUACGUAUUGGCAAAAUUUUUAAAUCAAAUUCAAAAUUCUGAAAGAUUUACUACAGCUUCAAGAAAUGUUGGUUCUGGUUUAAUAUCAAGUGCUGUUGUCAGCUCUUGGGUUUGGCCAGCUACUAUCUUAACCAGUUCCUUAUGGGGUUACACUUAUGGUAUCAGUGGAGGUUAUUUGUAUGGUGUUUCAGGUACUUUCCAAAUUAUGGGGUUUGCAUUAAUCGCCAUUGAAAUUAAAAGAAUCGCUCCAUCUUGUCAUACUAUUGGUGAAAUUAUCAAAGUCAGAUAUGAUACCCCAACUCAUUUCGUUUAUAUGUUUUAUGUCUGUGCUACAAACUUGAUGGUGGCUUCAUGCUUAUUGUUAGGUGCCUCUCAAGGUUUCAAUGCUGCAACUGGUAUGAAUGUUAUUGCUGCUAAUUUCUUGAUUCCUUUAAGUGUGGCAGUCUAUACAAUGUUUGGUGGUAUCAAGGCAACUUUCUUAUCAGAUUGGAUUCAUACAGUUAUUAUCUAUUUAAUCGUUCUUGUAAUGUGCUUUAAAGUGUUGACAAGUUCAGAAAUCAUUGGAUCUCCUGGAAAAUUAUAUGAUAUGAUUUUAGAAAGUGAAGCAAAAUUCCCAUCAACUACUGGGACAAGUUUUUUAAGCUUUAAAAAUAAAGAAAUGUUUAUGACAACUUGGAGUGUGUGUCUUGGUGGGUUCUCAUCUGUUUUUGGUGAUCCAAGUUAUGGCCAAAAAGCUAUCGCUGCAAAACCAAAUAGUGUUUUAGCAGGUUAUGUUUUAGGUGGUCUUUGUUGGUUAACUGUUCCUUGGGCUUUAGGGACAAUUGGUGGAUUAGUUGCUAGAGCUCUUUUAGUUUCUGAUAAAUUUUACACUUAUCCAAAUGAAUUGACUUCUCAUGAAGCAAAUGCAGGUUUACCAUUAAUUUAUGCAAUGGGAACAAUUAUGGGUACCCCAGGUGCUGCGGCUGCUAUGUUGGAUUUAUUUUUAUCUGUUACAAGUGCUCUAUCUGCAGAAUUGAUUGCAUUCUCUUCAAUUUCAACAUUUGAUAUCUAUAGAGGUUACAUCAAAACCACAGCUACUGGUAAAGAUUUAAUCAGAGUUAGUCAUGUUAUGACCAUGGUUUUCAGUCUCGUUGUGGCUUGUGUUUCUGUUAUCUUCAAUUAUGUGGGUGUCACUGUUGGUUGGUUAAUUGGAUUUUAUGGUAUUUUGUUAUCACCAGCAGCUUCAACCUUAGUUUUAACUUUAUAUUGGAGAAAGACAAGUAGUUUUGGUAUUACUUAUGGCUCACCAUUAUCAACAAUUUGUGGUAUCGUUUGUUGGAUUGCUACUGCUAAAGCCACUGGUGGUAAAGUUACAAAAGAUACAUUAAUGACCAGUGAACCUUCUAUUGUUGGUAAUUUUGUCUCUUUGGGAAGUUCAUUCAUUUUCAUUCCUGCCCUUUCAUUAUUGAAACCUGAACUCGUUUUAUUUGAUUUCAAAUAUUUUGCUACUGCUUUCACGGCUGCUGAUGAUGCAGAUGAAGAAGAAAAAGAGUUCAUGAAUACUUCACCACAAGAGCAAAGAGAAUUGAAAAGAGCUUCUAAAAUUGCUCUCAUCUUAAAUGCAAUUUUAUUAUUUGGUGGAUACUUGAUUGUUCCUUUAGCAUUUUAUGGUACUGAUUAUAAAUUUUCCAAGAAAUAUUUUACACAAUGGGUUAUUAUCAUGACAAUAUGUUUGAUCAUGGCAAGUAUUUAUAUCAUUGUUGUCCCUCUGUAUCAAGGAAUGGAUUCAAUGAAGGUUAUCUUCAAAGGAAUUUUCUUUGGUAACGGUAAAGCUGAAGUACUCGAUGCAAGUGCUCAACCUGAUGUUUCAAGUGAUGGUGAGAUUGUUAAUGAAGCUAUCCAAAUGGAUGAUGAUAAAGAGAAAUUAGGGUAG